CCUACCUGUCUCCUGAGCCGUCCGCACUCCGCGGCUUCAGUCCUUCGCUACUCAGCUCGUCGACAUGUGGAUAGGUUUGGUGGUGUGUGGAUUGCUGGCUGGGCUUUUAGCCCAAGGGGAGAGUCAAGGAGAUGUCGGCAGCCAGGUGGUCCCGAGGUAUUGGAGAGCGAUCGACGGCACAGUUCAUAAAGAUAGUAAGGUUGAAGAUCCCGACCAAGGUGUGGUUUACCCGGAUAAACUCCAAGUCAUCAGCUCUUCACUCAGGAUCUUGCCGAAAAGAGUUCGGAGGCAAAGGCGGAGCGAGGGCUCGUGGAGGAAACCCAGGGAGUAUCAGUUUGUGACUCGGGACAAGGAACGCGAUUCUACAGCUAGCGGCACCCGAUCCGCAAGGCUCGUCGAUCAAAGUCGAGCCUCUUCGAAUUAUUACCCCCAGGAGAGAGCGUAUUACAACAGGGGUGAAGAAUAUUACAACAGGAGAAGCGGUAGCCCGCCGAAUAGGAGAAUAAUCUACUACGCGACUUUGCCGGAAGUAGUCCGACGACCUGGGGAAUGGACUCCGCCUAGACCGAUUUACAACCCGUCCGGUUACCCGACAAUCAGGGACAAUGAAAUUACAAGAGUCAGAUCCCCGGUUAUCGACGUGACCAGGGUUCAGUCGUCGGUUAUCGACGUGUCCGAUAAAAACAGGUUCGACGGUUCUUAUCCACAGGACCUGUCGACCCCGAAGUUUACGAUAAUCGACGCCGAACCGCCGUACAACAGGCCACCGCCGCCUGUCUACGAAAGCGAUAGGUACGACCGCGGACGUUUCGACUCACGAUACGAACGACCUCGGUACGACCACAAUCGUUACGACUACAAUUAUAACAGACACGAUUAUAGAAAUUACGUGGACCCUCCUUAUAGAUAUUACGACGAGCCGAGGCUUCCUCCUCAGAGGCAUCAAGUGCUUCCGCCUCAACCGAUAACAGUCGUCAGGAAACCGCUCGACGUGAGGCCUUUGGACCCCGUCAGGGACUUGACGACCCAAGCUCCACCUUCUUCCUCCACGACGACGUCCUCUCCUUCGACAUCCUCGACGUCGAACCCCAUUUCCAGUUUCGAGAGGACCUUCAAGUUUUAACAUUUUCGUACAAUAAUUGUAUUUGUAAAUAUUAAGAAACUGUGCACUUGAUCCAACGUCAUUGUUCGCAUCCACUACAUGGCAUGUGUAACACAAAAAUUAACCCGUUACAUACGACAAUGGAAUUAUGGGAAAAAUUAGUUUCCUAACGUUGAAAUUGUCUGAUACUCCAUGACAUAAUUGCCGUGUGACUCCUUGAACUGAUUGGCCCAUCAUUAAUUACUCAACUCACUAAUUUUUAUAAUCACUUAUUAUUAUUCUAUAUAUAUUUUUAUUUUAAAGGACAAUUCCACGCCUUCUCAGAUAUUUAUUUACUUUUUCUGUGUAAGGGUUAAUCAAACGAUUCAAAUAAUUUCCAUUUCACAGUAUUCUCAAUGUAUCACACGAUUAUGAAAUUGUUGUAGCUAGAAGUUAAUUACUCAACUUCAAUUAACGAUUCAGCCUAAUAACUUUGUUUAUGUAUACAUAAAAUUUUUUCACAAAUGGACUUACACUAAAAACCCUUAUACUAAUCAAUCUAUGUUUUUAAACUUUUAUUUACUAUAAUUUUUUUCUAUUUAAUAUUAACUUACGAAAUCUGACUCCAGGGUAUCAUUUGUCUUAUCAUAAUCCUAUAAAUACGUAAUUCCAUAAAAAAGAGACAAUUUUUUUUAACAGACAGAGCUGUUUCACCAAAUUAUCCCUGCCGGAGUCAGAUUGUCCUAGUUUAUAUAUGUAUUUAUUUUGAAUAUUAUCUUUGUACCUUAAAUAUUAAAACUUGAACGAAUGAUUGAUCUCAGGUCUAAAUUAAACCGUGUACAAUAUUUCAUUUUUGUACUUAAAUUUUCUUGUAGAUAAAA